CGUCAUCAUACAAGUUGGGGUGCAAUUGAUAGCCUCACACAAUGUCUUCAAUGUCAUCAAGGAGGAAUCCUGUUGAUGUCAACGCAUCUUCGUUCGAUGUUGGUGCAGAUAAGAUACCGACUUCUGAUAUUAUCAGACCAAGUCCAGACGCAAUCUUGGCCGAUGAAGCAGAUCCAGAUACAUUGCUAGGAAUGGAAUCAGACAGCGAAGCGGGAGGCAGUAGACCUGUAAGCGCUUUGUUUGAUGCAGGAGGAGGUAAACGUAAAAGUAAGAGAAUAUCAAAACAAAUGCAAGACGUAUCUCUAGAACCUCCAUCUGCAAACACGGUCACUCAAAAUGAUCCAACACCAAAAACUUCAACAUUUCUAGGACAUGAAACUCCUUCGCAUUCUACGGCUCAGUCUAUCGAAUUUGCAGCAAACCCAAACGAUCUUAAAGAGCAAGUGACUGAAUUAACAACACAAGUCACAGGCCUAAACAACAAACUCGUGACAUCAUUCGUGCGAAUAGGAGAUUUGGAAGAUGAUUUAUCGGAAAUGCAAGAUAUGGUGGCAAACUAUAAAAAACAGAUUGCAUCAUUAGAGAAAGAACGACAAGAACAUUUGGCUGCCUUAAAUACUGGCUUAUUGGUAGAGAAAGAGCAUGUCUCUUCUGAAAUGCAAAAGAUGAUGGAACGUUUGGUACAGGAAACAGCGGAAAAAGGAAAAGCUGUUGAUGAAAGGCAAAAGAUUGAAUCGGAACUUGAUGAAUUGAGCUCGAGCUUGUUUAGUGAAGCGAACAAGAUGGUCGCUGUUGAAAGACUAGCUAGAGCCAGAGCUGAAGAAAAGAGCAAAUCAAUGGAAGAAAGAUUAAAGGAUACGGAAGAAAUUGUUGGUGAACAGCAGAAACGAUUGGUAGAACUACAAGCAUUGGUAGAAAAGAAUGAAAGAAAAAGCGCUUCAGAGACUCCGCAUUCACAAGAUUCGUUUGAUGAGCGACAAAAUGAGUCAAUCCAUUCGACAGGCCUCUUGAGUAAACCAUCAGGUAAUCAUGAUCAUGCUCUUUUAUUACCUGCAAAUAAUGGAUUUCUACGAUUGGACAUCAUCCCAUACGUCGAACUACGCUCCUUCCUCAAUCACUUACGACGACUUCGCUUACAAUUGGCACCAUUCUACAACUUCCCUGUUCAUGACGUUACACCGUCCACUGAAGAGACACCAAUUGCCUCGAGAACUGGAUCGCCUGCUCCGCAUCAAUUUGGACCCUCCGGCGUAAAUCCAUUUCAAGCUUCGCCAUUUCUUGCAGCCGGUGUAUCGAGACAUCGUGAUUUUCCUACGUUACCCGCAAAUGUGGAACAAUUGAUUUACAUCCCAAAUCAAUUAUCCUCUCUCACCUUCUUGAAGCGUUUCAACGAAGAGGAUUGUGAACCAUGUCUUGGCUUAGACCAUGCACCUGGGUUGAAUUGGUUAUCCAAAAGACAAAUGCGAACGGCUAUUGUGGAUGGCAGCUUUAUGAUCGAACCCAUCUUUGGAGGAGGCAUUUACGAUGAAGAAGAUGUACGUAUGAAAGCGGUCGGAACACCUCCUGCAGCGUGUGCAAUGUGUGGAAAAGCCGUCGUUAACGUACCUUUGCCUGGCGGAGGCAACUUAUCCGAUGCAAGUGGUUGGAUGAAUGCUGCUUCAUCUUUGCAGGCCAGCGUCAAUGCGAUGGCCAGUUCUUUGCCUGUUCGUGAUCUGACGGCAUCUCCACCGCCACAAGGAUCAGGUCGUGGAAGUGAAACACCAAAGGAUUUGACAAAGAAUAGAACGAGUAUCUUUAAUACCCUUCGAAAUAUUAGUGGCGGUAAGAGUAAUGCUGCUACUGAAAAGCCAACAGUAGUCACACCGACGACCGAAAAUCCUUCUUGGCAUUCUCAAACUGUAGGUGUGGUAGAAGAUGAAUUUGCCGCAAGACCACCUGCAAUUCCAACACAUAUAUUCCGUAUCUCAGAAACGUCUUCAGCUCGUUACUUGAUAUGUCCUGAUUAUUGUUUGAAGAGGAUACGUGCUAUUUGCGACUUUUGGGGAUAUGUUCGCAAUCUUGAAAGGGCAGUCGUUCUUGAAGGCAAACUUGCGUGGGAUGAUGAAUUAGAUACAGAAGACGAGCCUGCACCUCGCUUGCCGACAAAAGACUUCGAUUUGAACAAAGGCGGUCUUGUCGAAAAAGAUUCACAAAUUAUAGAAAAGAAGGGUGAUGAGGCAGAAGUUGAAGCGGUAGAAGAGGCCAAAGCAGACGACGACAGCAAAGUUUCAGAUGAGAAGCUGACGGCUGAAGCCGAAUCAGAGAAAAGCAAAGACUCAUUGGACGAAGAAGCUAACACACAGGAAUCUCGCAAAGUUUCAGCAUCUCAUACAGCAUCUGAUGUAGAGGAUGAACACGACUUCGCGGACGCUAAAAGUCAACAUUCAAGCGAUGAAGAAGAACAAAGCCCGAUUACAGACACAAGAGAUAGUAUUGACAAGAAGGAUGCAGAUACAAUCACAGUCAAUGAAGGAAAGGAAACAGUUGAUACCUCUAUCAGUGCUGUAGAAUCGACUGAAACGUCAGACAAGAAAUCUUCAACGGAUGCAUUAGAUAUUCCAACUCAAGAUGAAACACCAGUCCCGUCACCUUUGCCCAAAUCUGCCAAUCCUGCAAAUGGCCCACCGGCUUUGCCAAAGACUGCAAGACCUGUUCCAAAAUUGCCUGACAAUAACAAUACUCCGCCUGCUUUACCACCACGUCGUGUCCGCACACCUGCUGCUGAAGUAUUUCAGCCUAUCGAUCUCGGUCCAGAGCCUAGAAGGUUGCUCCCCAUCAAGAAUGCAGAGAAACCGAUUUGGGAAGAAAAGGUUUGGUUGGAAGUCAAUCGAUUACGUGCUGAUAUGUGGUCAGCUCGCAUAGGUGCACAAGCUGAUGAAAGAAGAAUGGCUUAAGAAUAGGAUUUACGUCUUUAGAAAUACCCCAUCUUUAAUAACAAUGAUGUACGAUUAUUAUUUCAUGAUUUACAACUCAAUAGACUAAAGUGCAAAACC